AUGGAUGAAAUGAAUCAUUCUGUAGUGACUGAGUUUGUGUUACUUGGACUCUCUGAUUCAUGGGAGAUCCAACUUCUUCUUUUUCUCUUCUCUUCUGUGGUCUAUGUAGCAAGCAUUUUGGGAAAUAUGCUCAUUUUGAUCACUGUGAUCUUUGAUCCUUACUUGCACUCUCCCAUGUACUUCCUGUUGGCCAAUCUCUCCUUUAUUGAUUUAGGAUUUUGCUCCAUUGCAGCCCCUAAAAUGAUUUGUGAUCUUUUCAGGAAGCAUAAAGUCAUCUCAUUUGGUGGCUGUGUUGCUCAGAUAUUCUUUAGUCAUGCUUUUGGUGGUGUUGAGAUGGUGCUGCUCAUAGCCAUGUCCUUUGACAGAUAUGUUGCCAUAUGUAAACCUCUCCACUACAUAACCAUUAUGAACUCAAGAAUGUGCAUUUUGCUUUUGAUUCUUGCCUGGAUCAUAGGAAUCACUCACUCAGGGGUCCAAUUGGCUUUUGUUGUAGAUUUGCCCUUUUGUGGUCCUAAUAUUUUAGAUAGUUUUUUCUGUGACCUUCCUCAAUUCAUCAAACUGGCCUGUACAGACACCUAUAGGUUACAAUUCAUGGUCACUGCUAAUAGUGGGUUCAUUUCUCUGGCCUGCUUCUGUGUGUUAAUCAUUUCCUACAUCUUCAUCUUAGUCACAGUUCAGAAACAUGCCUCAGGUGUUUCCUCCAAGGCUUUUUCGACCCUAGCAGCUCAUAUCACUGUGGUGGUUUUAUUCUUUGGUCCAUUAAUCUUUUUCUAUACAUGGCCAUUCCACAUAUCAAAUUUGGAUAAAUUCCUUGCCAUCUUUGAUGCGGUUAUUAUUCCCUUCCUGAAUCCAGUCAUCUACACCUUCAGGAACAAAGAAAUGAAGAUGGGAAUGAAGAGAAUGUUUAGGAGGCUUGUGAAUUUCAGGAAGUUUCAUAAAGGCACUGGGAGUAAAGACUGUGUAUUCUCAUGGUUUCUUAUAGUAUGUAGGAAACAAAAAUUAUCAUUGAACUUCCAGAGAUAAAUUUAUUUCUAUACACUAUGCUUUGUUAUGUUGAAUCUAACUACAAGUUCAUUAUGCUCAAGCUUAUUUCUUGGGCAAAUUAAAGGUGAUAUUCACCUCAGUCCACACAUUCUAAUGGUCUUGUUCUCAGCAUCUUGGCAAGAAGUGAAACAAAUGCCUCACAGUGCUGGAAAUGAAUGCUAUUUAUUUUUUCAUCUCCAUUUUUCUCCACAAUAUUAAAUAUAAAAAAUUAUAUAUCAAGCUAUCCUUGUAUACUGCCUGCCUAUAUCACCACUGAUAUCACAACUGAUAUGUUUCCAUUUCCAUUCAUUCCACCAAUCUUUAUUAAGUACUUUAAGCAGGAUGCUAUUCUAGAUUCUGGAUAUAUGAAAAGAAACUAAAAAUAAAGCAAUCUUUGAUUUGGUCUAGCAGAUUUAAUGCUACAUCUAGAAUUAUAAAGCUCAAAUUCUCCCAUAGGACAUUGCUAGCUUCGUAAGCCUGGACAUGAUGCUUAACUUUCCACAGCCUCAUUUUCUUUAUAUAUCAAAGGGAGAGUAAUAAUAGCACCUAUUUCAUGGGGUAGUUGUAAGCCUCAAAUGAGAUAACAUAUAUAAAGCACUGAGCAAGCUUUAAAGCAUAAUGUAAAUAUGAGCUAUUAUUAUUACAUUCUAAUACUCUUAAAUCACUAUGUGUUUGCUUUCCUUUGUCUCCUUCCCUGGAUCCUAUGUUCCAUAAAGACUAUGUGAGCCUUGGCCAGGAGGGAAACAAACAUUUAUUAAAUGCCUAUACUAUGCCACUAUUUUGAAUGCAUUACUAAUAUUAUUUCACUUGAUCAAGGUCACUGCCAUGGGAAAAGUCCACCCUUGCCCAUGACUCCAGGGUUUCCCAACUGGUGACGAUCAGUCAACAAAAAUAACAAAUGGAAGACAGUUUAAUCACAACAGUCAUGGGAUUGCUUUGCAUCUGACAGCUGCUCCACCAUUCCCAGGCUUGGUUUUUAUUUUUAUACCCAUUUUCUUGGCAUGCAGAUUGCAUUACCUGACACACAUGUUCAAAGAGAGAUAAUUGGAAAAGUGAUACAUUAACUUUUAACAAGUCACUUGAUUGACAUUCUAUAUUUUUGUAUUGUGAUCACAGACAGAAUAUAAGAUAAAUGAUCUUGUCACAGGUGGCUUACUAGGGACUUUCUGAGUUACUGGUUUGUGUAAUUGAGUCACUGAGGCAUAUUGAAGCUUAGUGUACCUGUACUGUACCUGUACGUAUUGUAUGGGCCUCUAUUGAUUUGUGCGCUGGCUUCAUGAGAAAGUUUUGGGCUUGGCCUGUUGCUGCAGUUUUGCUGGAAAUUAUGUACCUAAGUAAAAGUUAACCCAUGAUAGUCUUUUUUGGACUGGGUUUAAGGGUCUGAUCUUUUGGUGAUAUUUUGGGGAAUAAGGGUACAUGUGUUUUGCUCUUGCAUUAUUUCUUUUGAGACUAGGGGGAAUAAUAAUCAUGUCAAUUCAUAGGUAAUGGGCAUUGAUGAAAGAGGUCAUGUAAAGAGGAUAGAGUGGGCAGUCACAUCUCACCAAGGACCACUCUGUGGUCUCCCCAUCUACCACACAUGACUCUGUCAAGGUGUCGUGGUCACAACUCAUCAGUGCCCAGGCAGAUCUCUAAUAAUUUACAGUCCAACCAUUAUUUUGCAUUGGCAGAGGGGAUUUCAAAUGGAUUUUUCCUAUGGAUUUGGUUAAAAAAUGAAAUCCUGCAUAUUGUUCAUUCGGAAGUAGACUGUAUUAUAUUUCCACUCCCUGAACUUUCUAUUCACAGCUAUUUGUUUGGGUAGUGUGGGUGAAAAGAACACUGAGCCUAGGAUUGGGAUGCCAGAGUGUGAGUUCCAGGUAUACAUUCUGCUAGCUUUGUGAGCAGGUCAAGUCAUUUAAGAACUCAGUCAUUUUAUGCUCUUCUAAAAAUGGAAAUAACAAUAUUUGCACUAGCUACCUCAUGUGGUUGUUUUCAAGAAAGCACACUGUUAAGUAUUUAUUAUUAUUUUAUUAUCAUUUAUUUAUUACUAGCAUCAUAGUAAAUGGUCAAAAUUCUAGAAUCAAACAAUGUUCUAUUGUAUACAGCAUCCUUUUCCUAAUAUGCAACAAUUUGCUUAAUGUAUAAGUGAGGUUAAAUGAAUCACAGUGAAUGGUCUUAAUAUUUUCUGUGAAACUUGCAAAAAUGAAUAAUAUGGACAUAUAUAUGUUUCUCUUGAUAAGUAUAACCCAGACUGAAAUGCUUGUCAUUUCUGGCUGGAGGGAUGGAAAAAGGGAGGGAGACAACAUGAAU